UUUCUUCGUCAUUCAAACUACUUCAACUUGUGUUUCUUUCACGACACUGCGCUGGUUUCAUGUCUUUGUUGAUAUACCGGUAUCCGGAUAUCCUGGCCUUUUCUAUCGUAGCAGUGCUUAUUGUUUUAUACUAUUUCCAGCAGUGAUACACUGGACACCGGACUGUGCAGGUGGUUACAUAGCGUUACGUAGUUGUGGAUUCAUUAUUAUUCCACGAUGAAAGGACAGGUGUGGAAAUCCUUGCUGGGUAUUGUGACCAGUUUCAUUGGAUCUUUGCUAGUGUUGUACGCAGUAUCAUAUUAUGCACUUUCUUUCAUCGAAAGCUCAGAUGGCGUCUCCUACCCAUCAUCACUGGCUGAAAUACAGACUCUAGUGUCAUCGUUGCGUGGCCACUUAGAAAUCCAUUUCUCGAGGCUGCUCCUAGUUUUCUGCCUGAGUUUCUUGUUCAAACAAGCGUUUGCUAUUCCUGGUUCUGCAUUGCUGAAUGUUUUUGCUGGAGCUCUGUUUGGCUUGCCCACCGGAUUCCCAUUGGUCUGUGUGCUGACAGCGUGUGGUGCAACCUGCUGCUUUCUUCUAUCCAAAUAUUUUGGCCGGCCCAUUCUAGAGACGUACUUUCCGCACCGGUUGUCAAGCAUGGAACAAUCGGUUCAUUCCAAUCAACACCGGCUCUUCUUUUUCCUGGUAUCUCUGCGCCUUUUCCCGAUGACGCCGAAUUGGAUGAUCAAUGUGGUAUCGCCUCUUGCUGGUGUACCGAUUUCCCAAUUCUUUGUAUCCGUGCUGAUUGGGCUGGCACCAUACAAUUUUCUUUGUGUUCAAGGUGGACUCAUCGUUAGCCAGCUGCAGGCUGUCAGUGACCUGUUUUCUCUUCGCAUUGUCAUCAUGUUGGCCUCCAUGGCGCUUGUUUCCACUUUGCCAGCAAUGCUCAUCUCAAAACCUAGUUCUAAUGAGGCUGAUCAAUGUACAAAGCCGAAAUCCUCAUGAUGGAAAGUCGAAAAUCUAGGUUGUACUUCAAAGUAUUUGAUUUAUUGAGGUAAGCAUUGGCUCCCAUUCCACAGCAUUCUUCUGAAACUUGUGUCUGAAGCUUUGGGAGGCAGAGGCUUUCUUUGCACUGUGUUGUUUUGAGCACUAGAACUAUUUGUGGAAUGAUGAAUUCCGCGUUAUUUAUUGUCCAAAGCAGAACUAUCUUGAACAUUGUUGAAAUUAGAAACAAAUAUUUCUCUGAGAUGCCUGAACUAUUUUCAAAAGCUUUUUGAAUGCAAAGUUUUGGUUAUGAAAAGACAUGUCUGCUCUUACAAGUAGGCAUACUAGUACAUCCUCCACAAGCUUGUGUUUCGUACAAGAUACCUAUUUUCCUAUACUUUUCUAGGUUUUUGUUUUGUUUAUUUAUGCAAUGAGUGAGGAACACUCUCUCAAGUUCCCAACUUUAACUUUCUAUUUCAUUCUUGCUGCAAGAAAUCAGAUCAGAGUGCAGCUGGUCCACCUA